CACCAUAUAUCAAUCUUAAUCCAAGUAAUUGUGUAAAUGUAUAAAUUAAUUACUCUUCAAGUUUGCAGUGAGGUAGACAACGUGAUCCCAUUGUGUUUGGUACUAUAACACUUCGAUAUCCCAGUCUGAAUACAAUAUAAAUGUAUAUCUGUGCAUAGAUAUCAUACUUUCAUAUUUAGAUCUACCUAUAUAUGCAUACUGCAUUUACUACAUAUGUUAUGUAAUCAUCUAUCACCGAGCCGGAGAAUUGCGAUCCAGUGUAUGUAUGUCCAUAUGAACAUGUGCAGUUGACUCUCGUAGCGUGUAACUCGGUUUGUUGCUCAAAAUCAGAAGCAGUUAUUUUAAAAUUGUUUUAUAUUUGAACAAAAUAAUGUACGUCUUCGUGUACGGAACGUUGAAGAGGGGAUGUCCAAAUCAUUACGUGAUUGAGAAUAAGGACAACGGUGCAGCUGAAUAUGUAAGUGAUGGAAAAACGAAGGAUCUAUUUCCAUUGAUUGUCACUACAAAGUACGAAGUUCCAUUCUUAUUGGACAAACGAGGACAUGGAAAGAACGUGAGUGGUGAAAUUUACAAGAUCGACGACAAAAUGCUCCAAUUUCUGGAUAAAUUCGAACACAACCCAGACGUUUAUAUUCGAGAGGAAGCCGAGAUUGAAAUCAUUCCACCAACAAAUGGUCACCCUAAGACCGUGACAGCCUGGAUAUUUGUCUUCCACUCAUUCCGUGACGAUCUACUGGAUGAAGAGUACUUUGAAAAUUACAUAUGUAACAACUACGACGUAUUGAGAUCCAUUUCUGGCAAAGUUUCGCCGGAAGAGAGGAAGCAACUUUUAGACACGUUACGAAAGGAAAUUGGAAGUUAGGAUAAAAUUGCUGUUAGAUAUGCAAUCAUUUUGGAAUACUGAUAAAAAAUUCUUUAACCAAUACGAGAAAUUAAUUUGAAGAUGCAAUUUGUGACUUAAUUAGAGCCGUAAAUACUUUCACCUUCAUUUAUUCUUACUGUUUUGCAAUCUGCAAUAAAGAAAUUUAAAAAUGUG